AUGGCUCAGAAGGCUUUGGUACUGUUUAUCUUAUGUUUGCUCUUCAAGAUGGUUCAGAAUGAUUGCAGGCUGCAAAGUGUGAAGAUGAAGGGAAUUACCUUGGAAGGUGACAUCAUCAUUGGGGGACUGUUCCCAGUCCAUUCUAGCAAUGUUUACCCGAUGAUAAAUUUCAGAGAUACCCCUGCCUCUGUUCAGUGUGAAGUAUUCAGGCUAAGGUCAUAUCGGUGGGCCUUAGGAAUGAUUUUUGCUGUAGAGGAAAUAAACAAAAACUCAGAACUACUACCUAAUAUUUCUUUAGGAUACUGGAUUUAUGACUCGUGCUAUGCAUUAUCUAGAGUCCUAUUGGGUACAACAUGGAUGUUAACAGGAAAGGAAUUCCCUGUUCCAAAUUAUGCCUGCAGAUCUAAUGUCCCAACAGCUGCUAUUAUAGGGGACUCAUCAUCUUCAAUGACAAUUCCAAUGGCCCGAAUUCUGAGUCUCUAUCAUUUCCCUCAGAUUAGCUAUGGAGCAUCAGUCCCAAUUCUGAGUGAUAAGAUUCAGUUUCCUUCAUUUCUAAGAACAAUUCCCAGUGACAACUUUCAGUCAGUUAUCCUUGCUCAGCUGGUGGUGUGCUUUGGUUGGACAUGGGUAGGUAUUCUGGCCUCUGACAAUGACUAUGGUCAAACAGGUAGUCAAAUUCUACAUGCAGAGCUCGUUAGAAAUGGGAUCUGUCUUGCAUUCUUGGAAACAAUCCCAGCACUAUACUCAAAAGUGAAAAUUCAGCAUAUUUUAGAAGUAAUACAAACAUCAUCAGCUACUGCAAUUAUAAUUUUUUCAAUUGAGUCAGUUUUACUGCCGCUGAUGGAAGAGAUAUCAAUGCAUGAUAUACAAGGGAAAGUGUGGAUUGGCAGUGAAGCUUGGUCAACAUCUCCCAGUCUUUCUAGGAAAGAUCUCUUAACAACAUUGACUGGAAGUAUUGGACUUGCAAUCCCAAGAGGGGAUAUGCCAGGCUUCAAGGAGUUUAUUUACAACAUUAACCCUUCAAUACUUACAAGGGAUAUUUAUGUUAACUUGUUUUGGGAGACAGCCUUUGCAUGCAGGUGGAAUUCCUCAAAAUUAUAUCAAAACCCUAAACAAAAUGAAAUUGAUUCAAAUGUCAAAUUGUGCACGGGUAAAGAGAAACUUGAGGACCUUAACAUUCCUUUCUUUGAUGUUUUUAAUGUGAGAUACACAUUCAAUGUUUACAAGGCAAUGUAUGUAGCUGCACAGGCCUUAAGUGAUAUUCUUUCCUGUAAAGAUCAAAACAAGGAAUUUGCCAACAAGUCAUGUAACCAUAUUUCUGAUAUGAAGCAAUGGCAGCUCUUUCACUAUAUGAAAAAUGUGAAUGUUCUGAACCAAGAAGUAUAUUAUGAUGAGAAUGGCAAUCCACCAGCAAAAUAUGACAUUAUAAACUGGCAACUUGGAUCUGAUGGUGCCGUCAGCUAUGUCAUGGUGGGCAACUUCCACUACCUUGAGAACGAUGGUUGGAGACUCUUAAUCAACAUCAGCUCCAUAAUAUGGAAUGGAAACAGCACCAAGGUUCCUGUAUCUGUCUGUAGAGAACACUGUCAUGUUGGAUUCAGAAAAUCUACAAGACAGGGUCAGCCAUCUUGUUGUUUUGACUGUAUUGCAUGCUCCCCGGGAGAAAUUGCAAAUCAAACAGAUUCCACUGAAUGUCUGAAAUGCCCAGAGGAUCAGUGGCCCAGUGACACAAAGGAGAGGUGCGUAAUCAAAACCACUGAAUUCCUUUCUUAUGAGGACUCUCUGGGAAGAACACUGGCAGCUGUAUCCAUUGCAUUAUCACUUAUACCACUGAUCAUCCUUGUUAUCUUUGUUAGACACAGCAGGAAGCCUUUGGUCAGAGCCAGCAAUCGCCAGCUCAGCUGCCUUCUGCUCUGUACUCUCAUGAUGUGUAUUCUCUGCUCCUUAAUUUUCAUUGGUAGGCCAAGGAAAGUGACAUGCGCGGUACAACAAAGCACCUUUGGAGUCAUUUUUGCUCUUUGCCUUUCUUGUGUGCUGGCUAAAACAAUCAUGGUACUGAUAGCAUUCAGUGCUACAGACCCACAGAGUUGCCUGCACAGCUGGACAGGAUACAGAGUUCCCUAUUUUGUGAUAAUUGUUGGUGUAAAAGUUCAAGUUACUAUAUGUGGUCUUUGGGUGGCAAUGUCUCCACCAUUUGUAGCACUUAAUACAAAAGUGCUAAAAGAAAAAAUUGUCAUAGAAUGUGUUGAUGGGUCUACUGUUGGAUUCUGGUGCAUGAUGGGGUAUAUUGGAUUCCUAGCUUUUGUCUGUUUUGUUCUUGCCUUUAUAGCCAGGAAACUCCCAGAUGCAUUUAACGAAGCAAAAUAUAUUACAUUUAGUAUUGUGGUAUUCCUUAGUGUUUGGGUAUCAUUUAUCCCAGCUUACUUUAGCACAAAAGGAAAAUAUAUGGUUGCACUAGAGAUAUUUGCCAUUUUGGCAUCAAGUGUUGGAAUGCUUGGCUGCAUAUUUUUUCCAAAAUGCUACAUUAUCUUCUUGCGACCAGACUUAAACACUAAAAGCAAUAUAAGGGGAAGGUAG